GUUUUUUGAGGUCCCAUCGUCCUCCUUUUUAUUUCGACUGUGUACGCAGUUUGUUCCUUAAUCUGCGUGACGAAAUCCACGUUUCUCCAGAUUGGGGAUAUUUCCGCAUUGGUAGUUCGAGUUGGAGACGAAGAUGAGGUGGUCCGACGAGGAUCGGGCGGCGGCUGCGGCCGUCCUCGGCGGCCGCGCUUUCGAGUACCUCCUCGACCCCCGGCGCGUGUCAUCCUCCGACCACCUCGCCGUCGAGGACGGUGUGGUGGAGAUCCACGCCAAGCUCCGGGAGCUCGUUGAGGGCCGCGGCUCGCCCUGGACCUGCUGCGUCUUCUGGCAAGCGGCCCGGUCGCCGGAGGGCGAGCUCAUCCUCGGAUGGGGAGACGGUUGCUUACGCAACCUCGAUGGCGGGCAGUGCCUCCAGCUGGACGCUGCUCGACAGAGGAAGCGGGUGCUGGAGCGGCUCCACGAACUCUACGGCGGCGGCGGCGAGGAGAACCGCGCGGUCGAGCUAGACCACGUGGCGGACGCGGAGAUGUACUUCCUGGCCUCCAUGUACUUCUCGUUUCCCUGCGGCGAGGGAGCGCCGGGGAGGGCUAUGCUCACGGGGAAGCACGUCUGGAUCGGGGAGGCGGAGCUCGGAUGCUGUGACUACUUCGUUCGGGCAUAUCUCGCGCGGUCCGCGGGGUUCCGGACCGUCGUGCUGCUUCCGUUCACGACCGGCGUGCUCGAAUUGGUCUCCACCGACGAAAUCCCGGAGGACCCCGAAGCGUUAAAGAGGAUUAACACUCUGUUAACCGCCGGACACGACGGCUCCACAUCCGCCGCAAGCGCCGCCGCUUCUUCUUCGACGAAGGGUCCUAAAAAAAUCUUCGUCGGCGAUUUAAACGAGACGCUGAUGGAGAAUUUAGAUCUGUUCCACCAGGACAGCUCUGGCAACCUCAAUGCAAUUCCGACAGCGGAGGAGGAACGGAGGCCGAAGAAGAGGGGACGGAAGCCAGCGAACGGGCGGGAAGAACCGCUGAACCACGUGGAGGCGGAGCGGCAGAGGCGCGAGAAGCUCAAUCAGCGGUUCUACGCGCUGCGGGCGGUGGUGCCCAACAUCUCGAAGAUGGAUAAGGCGUCGUUGAUCGGCGACGCCAUCGUCCACAUCACAGAGCUGCAGCGAAGGGUCGGGGAAAUGGAGGCCGCCCGCGCUUACAAGUGCGUGGAGCAUCAGGUCGAUGUGGGCGUGGCCGGCGGGGAGGUCGUCGUCCGCGUGGGCUGCGAGUUGGGUGCGCACCCGGCGGGGAGCGUCAUCCAGGCCUUGAAGCGGUCGGAGGUCGAAGUGACAGACUCGAAGGCCACCGUGAGAGGCGACAGAGUGGUGCACACCUUCGUCGUCAAGUCUGCCGGCGACGCGGAGACGACCAGAGAGAAGCUGAUGACUGCUUUAGGCCGGGGACAGAGCGCAACUCAGCAAUCGACCAGCCAUUAAUUAAUUGCUUCUUAAUUUAUUUUAAUAAAUCCGAUGCUCGUGAUGUAUAUUAAGAAGUUAAAGUUAAAAUUUCAUGUCGAUCCAUCUCUCGGCUUUGUGUUUA